AUGGAUAAAAAAGGUGCCCACGAUAGGUUGGUGGCCGAUUACUUUGCCAAAAACGUGGUAUACAUGGAUGAAAUGUUUAGGGAUCGGUUUCGGUUUCGAAUGAGUCAGCAUCUUUUCUUAUGUAUAGCUAAUGAUUUGACAAAUUUUGACCCGUUCUUCACAUUAAGAUGGGAUGCUAGAGGUAUAAGGGGGCUUACCACUUUACAAAAGUGUACGUCGGCAGUUCGUCAAUUGGCAUACGACACAAGUAGUAAUAUGUAUGACGAAUAUUUGAAGAUGUCUGAUAGAACUUCACGAGAGAGUUUGUACAAGUUUUGCAAAGGUGUGGUCAGGCUAUACAACAAGAGGUAUUUGCGAAAGCCAAUAAAGAAUGACAUCAUAAAGUUGUAUCAUGCACACGAAAGUAGACAUGUUUUUCCUAGAAUGCUUGGUAGCAUCGACUGUACGCACUGGCAUUGGCAUAGUUGUCCUAAUGCAUGGCGGGGUCAUUUUACCCGAGGUUCGAAUAACGACUUAAACAUUCUUGGUUAG